AUGCCUGUGCCAUUUAUAGGAAGGUUGCGCCCAACCGAGUACGUUGCCCUCGUGGGGUCCUUUGUUUUCGUCAGCCUCGAGGCCAUCAUUCGAAUCCUGACACUGGCCUUGCCUUCUUUUGUCGUCUCCUUCUUCUACCUCGCCUCGCGCCGUCUGUUCAAUAGGUUCGCGUCUCCGGAGCAGAAAAGGGCCAAGGAUGGGAAGAAAUCAAUCGCGAACUUUGUCCGCGACGCGUCUGAUUUCGUCGAGCUUUGUCGUCUGUGGGGAUACGACGCUGAGGAGCACGUGGUGCAGACCAAGGACGGAUACUUGCUCGGCAUCCAUAGACUGCAGUGGCGACGAGGCGAACAAGGGCAAAAGAUCAAUUGUGGUCCGGGCAGCGUCCGGAAAAGGGUAGUCUAUCUGCAUCACGGGCUGCUCAUGAAUUCCGAGGUCUGGGUUUGCCUGACGGACGAGAAACGAUGCCUUCCGUUUGAGCUGCUGGAGCGCGGAUUCGACGUGUGGCUGGGCAACAAUAGAGGCAACAAGUACUCGAAAAAAUCAAUCCAUAGCUCCCCAACUAGCGUCAAGUUCUGGGACUUUUCCAUGGACGAGUUCGCCUUUCACGACAUCCCCGACACAAUCUCGUACAUUCUGGAAACGACGGGGCAAAAGAGCCUCUCCUACAUUGGCUUCUCGCAAGGCACUGCCCAAGCCUUUGCCACGCUGGCCAUCCACCCGCCGCUCAAUCGCAAGGUCAACGUGUUUAUCGCGCUGGCUCCAGCAAUGGCCCCGGCGGGACUUUCCAACGGCAUAGUCGACUCCCUCGUCAAGGCUUCCCCGUCGGUCCUGUACCUCAUGUUCGGCAGGCGGUCCAUCUUGAGCUCGGCCACCAUGUGGGAGACGCUGCUCUACCCGCCCCUGUUCUGCCACCUCAUCGACAGAAGCCUGGGCUUCCUGUUCGACUGGAGGACGCGCAACAUGUCGACGAGCCAGAAGCUAGCCGCCUACCCCCACCUGUACUCCCUCACCAGCACCAAGAGCGUGGUGCACUGGUUCCAGGUCAUCCGCAACAAGUGUUUUCAGAUGUACGACGACGACGUGCCCCAGCCCAUGAACCUGGCCUCGUCGAGGAAGUUCUCCAAGGUGGCCAAGUACCCGACCCGGAACAUCAGGACGCCCAUCGUGCUGGUCUACGGCGGCAGCGACUCCCUGGUCGACAUCAAGGCGAUGCUGAGAGAGCUGCCCCCGCGCACCGUGGCCACCGAGAUCCCGCACUACGAGCACCUGGACUUUUUGUGGGCUCGCGACGUCGACUCGCAGGUUUUCCAGCACGUAUUUGAUGCCCUGGACAGCUUCACCGACGCGGAGCACUCGGCCGAGGAAUACGAUCGGUACUUUUUGGCGCGAAAGGAGAGCCUGCUGGGGUCCGCGCACCCGCUUGGCCACCGCGGCAGCGUAAGCGAUGCGUCGACCAUUGCCGCAGGCAACGAAGCGGCGGCCGGCGAGUGCCGCCAGCACCUGGCUGCCGAGAACGCGCAGACGGCGGCGGAACACGGCAUCAAGAGCCGGCUCGGCCGAGACGAAGGAGGAGGAUGCACGGGAGAACAGCAGUGA